UGAAAGAAUACUGGCUGCAAUAGGCAGAAGAGACAGAGAUGAAUUGCGUCAAGAAAUAGUCCCCUUAUACCAUUCCCACAUACCAUAACACCACUUAUUGCCUGCUUUCUUCACUAUCCCCUUAAAAUAAGUAAAGUCAUCAAUCCUUGGUGAGGUCCAGGGGAUUUUCCAUACAUUUUUUCUAUUAUUUAUCAAUUUUAUGAGAACCAGACCGUUCAGAUUAUAAUAAGGAAAAAAGGCAUAGGACCUGCGCAUUGAUCUACACUGUAUUUUUUUUUUUUUUUUUUUUUGGUAAAUACUAUCACGUGGGGUACUCUGAGCCAAUGACAAGCAUGAAUGGCUGAAAAAAUAAUUACCUGCCCUGAUUGUUCUAUGAGCAGAUAAAAAGUACACAUACAGUUCAUACAAUAAUCUUAUGAAUGUAAAAGAAGGGGAAACAAUGUCUGCGUCUGGUCCCAUCAGCAACUAUUAUGUGGACUCUCUAAUCAGCCAUGAAAGUGAAGACCUCUUGGCUUCAAGGUUCCCAACCACUGGGGCUCACCCAGCUACUGCAAGACCAUCAGGAUUAGUCCCGGACUGUGGGGAUUUUCCUUCCUGCAGUUUUGCACCGAAACCUGCUGUGUUCACCACCUCAUGGGGUCCUGUGCACUCCCAGUCCUCAGUGGUCUAUCACCCCUACAGCCACCACCAGCCCCACUUAGGCACAGACGCAAGGUAUAUGCGCACUUGGCUGGAGCCCAUCUCAGGGACGGUCUCCUUCCCAAGCUUUGCAGCCAGCAGCCGCCACUACGGACUCAAGCCAGACGCCUUCCCCAGCAGAAGGGAGUGUGGCCCAAGCGAUGGCCGCAGCUAUCCGGAUUACAUGUAUGGCUCCCCCGGAGACCUCAGGGACAGGCCACCUCUUCAUACCAUCCCCUCCCCGGAAUCUGAGGCCAUCCUAUCUGCCAAACACAAAGACGACAAGUCGGAAUUAGACCCUAAUAACCCGGUGGCAAAUUGGAUUCACGCUAGGUCAACGAGGAAGAAGAGAUGUCCUUACACUAAAUAUCAGACUCUUGAAUUGGAGAAAGAGUUUUUAUUUAACAUGUAUUUAACCAGGGACCGACGAUAUGAAGUGGCCAGAGUGCUCAAUCUUACUGAACGCCAAGUUAAAAUCUGGUUUCAAAACAGAAGGAUGAAAAUGAAAAAAAUGAACAAAGAAAAAACCGAUAAGGACCAACCCUAGAAAUUAACACAAGCACUAAUAAUAAUAAUAAUAUUAAAAAACCUCAAUAUUACAGAUACUCGAAGAAAACCUUUUUUUUUUGGGUCAAACACUAUGUAAUAAAAAAACUUUUUAUGACUAUGAAUGUGGAUAUCGGUGUUUAGAUUAGAUAAACACAUAAGCAUUUUGAAAGCACAGGCUUUUAUAAAAUGCAAUUGAAAUGUUUCCUUCCAUUUCUUUAAAAAAAUACAAAAAACAAGAAAGUACUUGAAUAUUUUUUUUAGUAUUUUAUUUUGUAACUUAAACUUAUCCAGUGUUAAUUUUUAUUUUAAGAGUUCGUGGGUGCAUAUUUUGUAUAGAUCAAAGAAAGGAAUAUCAGUAUGUUUUGUUAUAGUCUAUGAAGUUCCUUGGAUGUAAAUAUUUGUGUAUUUUAUUCUUGUCACAAAAAAUAUUGUGUAUUGUUAUGCUAUGCUUGUAGAUCAGCUCUAUGUAAAUAUAGAAGAGUCACUACAA